AUGCCGUUUCCCGCAGGCGGCUGCCCUGCGAAGGGGGUGCAGUGGAGUGUUGCGCUGGCCCAGCGGCAGGGCAGGUGGCCUGCCAAGCGUCGCUGGGAGCGUGCGAAUGAAGGUACAGACAUGGACGCCGACCUUGCGAGGCUUGAGCAGAUCCUCCCCGCGCAACUGGCCAUCGCGGAGAGCAGCAUGCAUGGCUAUGGCCUCCGCGCGCAGCAGUCCUUUGAGCCUGGCAGGGACAUUGCCGUCGAGCAUGCCUUGAUUUGGGCUGGCUUCGGCAAAGGGAAGGGCCAAGAGAGCUUCAACGCGCUGGAUAUGUUUCCGGUUGACACACCAGAGGUUGAGGCGCAGCAGAGUGCGGUGACUUUGAUGUUGGCCAUGCUCCAGAGAUCAUCCAGCCAAGUGGAGCUGAUGCAGAGCUGGUCCCGUUUGUGCUGCAAGGGGCCCCAGACCUGGCGCAGUUUGCCCGCCACCAAACAGGCGCUGGAGCGGCGCCUGCGCCGCGCCCGGGAGAUCCUGGAGAGUUCCUCUGUGGAUCUUCAAAUCACCGACGAGGAGCUCAUUGCCCUGGACCUGCAGCGCAUCGGCGUCGGGGUGGGCCCUGCAACCGUCGUGCCACUCUGCUUCGCGCUGCUGAACCAUUCCUGCUGCCCCAAUGCCAAGCUGGUCUAUCGCGGCAGUAACGGCUUUUUGAUUUGUACAAGGGCAAUUGAGGCGGGCGAGGAGAUCUUCAUUUCUUAUAUCAAUGAGGUGGAUGAGGUGUUUGCCAGGCGAUAUCACCUUCUGGAGCUUCAUGGCGUGAAAUGUCUUUGCUCUCGCUGCGCCGCGAACUUUGCCACCAGCGAUUGUAAGGUGAUGAACAGCUGGGUUUGUCCGUGCUGCAAAUCCCCGAUCGAGGAUCAGGCGGUGCAGUGCUCGGGCGGCACUGCGGUGACGUGUCGGGAUCGCCAGGAGCGGCGGCGGCGGGAGCAGGCGGUCUGGGCGGCGCUGCUGCAGGCCACCUCCUACGCUGUGAAGCUGGCGAGCGGGCGCCGUGAUGCGAUGUGGGACAAGGUGGAGAAAGAUCGGAUGACCGCUGCCUUGCGCUGUGUGAGCCAGGCUCAGUGGGAAUUCACUGCUCUGCGCCCGCCGGGCAGCCAGGCCCGCGUGAAGGCUUGGGCACAGCUUCGCUCUUCGAUGCGAGCCGUCCGCCACAACAAAGAGGUGACGAAGUUUGUCCGCCAGAUCGAGAUGGACUUCGUCAAAGAGUUGGCGCAGCGGCACUGGGCUAUCUCGGCAGAGAGCGUUGGCAAAGAUCUGUCCAUCGGCGACGCACGCUGGGCAAGACGCCUGGUGGCGGCCUUGCGCCUCUAUGAGCUGACCUGCGACACCCUGCGCCUGGUGCGGGUGGGGCCCCGCUCCGACGGAGGCCACGUGAUGAUGGACAGUGGGCAACCCAUCAAACAUUUUCUGAGCUACGGAGUGGGCACCAACAUUGACUUCGAGUGGGAGCUUGCGAUGUUGGGCACAAGAGUGCACCUCUUCGACCACAAAGUGGACAGCCUUCCUCGCCAGCAUCCCAAUUUCAGCUUCCACCAGGAGGCGCUGUGUGCUGAGGAGCUGCCAGGCGUGGGCUCCACGCUGGCAGGGGGGGUGCAGCUCCUCGGCACUGGGCCUUCAGCUCUGAAAUGCGACGUGGAGGGCGAAGAGUUCCGCGCCAUCCUCGCCACAGACAGCGAGGUGCUGGGCCGCUUCGACCAGCUCUGCCUAGGGCUGCACUGGCUGGGCCGGCCUCGGUGCGGCGACGCCCAGAUGAAGGCAAUGGCCCUCGAGAAGUUGAAUGAGCAAUUCGUGAUGUUGCAUGCUCACGGCAACAGCUAUGCCGAUGUCGUAGAUGUCGCUAGGUGUCAGAUCCCGGACAUGCUGGAGGUGCUUUAUGUUCACCGGCGGCUACUCGGCACAAGGUUCCGGCCCAGCACGGCUGGGCUGAUUCCCAGUGAGUUGGAUAGCAACCACUGCCCCUUUGUGCCGGAUAUUCACCUGCCGGGUCCCCCUUUUGGGGCAGAUGUCCCCGACUAA